AUUUAAUAAAAAUAAAAAUAAUGGCAGCAGCUGUUCAAGUCUAUUCAGAUGCUAUCAGAAAAACUUUAGAGGCUACAUUGUGUUUGAGAUCACAUCCAUCAGAAAUUAUAGAAAAAUAAAGUAAACCAGAAAUCGAAUUGAAUGGGUUAUAAUAUUGAUCUUAUUAGUUUUUUAGUUAUUCAUCCAGAACAAGACCAAUAGUUUUAUCACCUAUAUAUUUGUGUAGAAGUGAAAAAGAAAAAUGUAUUAUUGAACCUUCAAUUAAUUCAACAAGAGUAUUUCUAUAUUAUAGAAUGUAUAGAUUAGCUUUUCAAUUAAAGCUUUAGAUGAAGUUGAUAAACUAAUUGGUGAAAAGUUUGCCAAAUAUAUGGCUGUAAGAGCUGAUUAUUUUGAAAUAUUAAGAAGAAAACCAAUUCCAGUAUAUUUAUAUGUUUAUCAUUUAGGGAUAUGACAUUAGCUUCUUAAUAUUGGAUUCUCAUUUAGAAAAAUACAGUGUUUAAGGAAUUAUUAAUUUUAUUAUAGAUUAUGUGGAAAAUAUUGAUAAAGAUCUUAGUGACAUUAAAUUGAAUAUAAACACAUAAGCUAGAAUUACAGCUGCUUGCUUUGUUGGAGGCUUAGCAAAUUAAUGAGUAUCAAAAUAAAAAUUAUAUAAUAUCAG